AUGGAGACAAUCAUAGCCUUUGACGAGCUGCGGACCGACUUCAAGAACCCCAUCGACCAGGGGAACCCAGCGCGGGCACGCGAGCGUUUGAAAAACAUCGAACGCAUCUGCUGCCUCCUGAGGAAGCUGGUGGUCCCGGAAUACUCCAUCCACGGGCUCUUCUGCCUGAUGUUUCUGUGCGCCGCAGAGUGGGUGACCCUGGGCCUCAACAUCCCCCUUCUCUUCUACCACCUCUGGAGGUACUUCCACCGCCCGGCGGAUGGCUCCGAGGUCAUGUACGACGCGGUCUCCAUCAUGAAUGCCGACAUCCUCAACUACUGCCAGAAGGAGUCCUGGUGCAAACUCGCCUUCUACCUGCUCUCCUUCUUCUAUUACCUGUACAGUAUGGUUUAUACGUUGGUGAGUUUCUAAGGGGGAAGCCGGCCAGGGAGCGAGCCCAGAACGGACCGGACGCCUGUGCACCCCCAGCCCUGCCCCUCGGCCGCGGAGGCCUCAGCCCUGGGGAGGGAGGGGCACUGGUGCCCCCAGCCUCCUCUCCACCCCCCAAACUGCUGCUGCGGGGACCUCCCGCCUUCGGAGCCCCCCUCCCCUUGGACUAGGGUGGGCAGAGCUCUAAGUAGGGGCAGGGGCUCCUCUGCCAGCCUGUGGGCAUGGCAGCCAGGCCUGGGAGGGCGGGGCCUCUGGCCUUGUCCACUUCGGGGGUACUUGGGCCCUGCCAAGGGGCAGGGCUUGCCCUGGAAGCUCUGGGCUGCCCCCCUCAACCCUCACCCUGAGGCUCCCCCUGCAGGUGGGGGGGUACCCACACCGGGAAUGAGCAGGCUCAGCAGGGGGCAGCCCCACCCCGCCUCUGCCCUCUCCCCUCCCCCAGGCUCUCUCCCGAGAUACCCAGAGCCCCACCCACCCCACCCUGUCUCUUGGACCUAUUUUCUAUGUCGCCUGGAGGAGUCCGGCACCCCCUCCCCGGCCAUUUGUGACAAAAUAUGAAUAAACUACUGCAAACACGUGGG